CCACGUGACUGCGAAGGAAACCAAACUUGCUAGUGUUACUUCCGACUGCGGAGGCAGCGUUACGAGUCUGAUGUUUACAGUACUUUUACCAUGACAGUUUUUAAUUAAAAAACAACAAAGUCUGUGAAACCAAGGACUACAUCUCCAGGGUGCUAAAAUGGAGUCGAAAUGCAAGUGUCAACCACGCCGAGCUACUCAGAUGUAAAUGAUUACCUCAGGAGGCAGUCGCAAUAACCUACAGGCAGAACCUAACUGACUAUACCUUGCUCUCAUAAUCAUUAAAGAUGUCAGGUGGGAACUUGCUCAGCAAGCUGCGGUCCACCUUCAGGAGGGAUCGGAGCGACUGGGACCUGAGCGACACGGCACCCUUUGACUUCUCCGACGAUCUGGUGGAGGAUGAGACCCCCAAAUUCAACAAGUUGAAGGUCGUGGUCUCCGGAGAGAUGUCAGACUAUUCUGCCGGAGCUCCUUCCAAUGGAGUGGCAGUGAACACGCUGGUGGUGGCGGAUGAUGAUGACUCCCUGCUCGAAUCCUCUUCCAGCCUGGGCAGCCCGGGGUUAAAUAUGGACCCCUGUGACAACUGCACCAAGAAAAGGGAGAAGAUCAAGCACAGGAGGGUGAUGAAGAGGCUUGUCAUCGCAGCUUUGCUAUAUUUACUUUUCAUGACAGGUGAAAUCGUCGGAGGUUAUGUGUCAAACAGCUUAGCCAUUAUGACUGAUGCCGUGCACAUGCUGGCAGACGUCGUGGGUAUUUUGUUUUCACUGCUGGCUCUGUGGCUCUCCACCAAGCCACCCACCAAGAGAUUCACCUUUGGACUGCAUCGUCUCGAGGUGGUGUCGGCAGUCCUCAGUGUGCUGCUCAUCUACAUUCUGACGGCAGUACUGCUGUACGAGGCGAUCCAGAGGACGGUACACCAAGACUUCAACAUAGAUGGAGACGUCAUGCUCAUCACUGCAGCCGUGGGAGUGGCUGUCAACCUCAUAAUGGGUUUCUUGUUAAACCAAGGUGGUCACCUCCACUCCCACGGCCAUGGUCACGCUCACGGUGCUGCAGCUGCUUCAAAUUCACAGCCGGCUGGGCCCGGUCAGCAGCAGAGGCAGCACGGCAGCCUGGCUGUAAGAGCUGCCUUCAUCCACGCCUUGGGAGACCUCCUCCAGAGCGUCGGGGUGCUCAUAGCUGCCUACGUUGUCCGUUUCAAGCCGGAGUUUAAGUUGGCAGACCCCAUCUGUACCUACAUCUUCUCCGUUCUGGUUGUCUUCACCACUUUCCACAUCAUACGAGACACAAUAGUCAUUGUGCUGGAGGGUGUUCCCAAGCAUCUGGACACUGUGCGAAUCAAAGAGGACCUUCAGAAGAUCGAGGAUGUCCAGUCAGUCGACGAGCUGAACGUGUGGGCGCUGACAGCUGACAAGACUGCAGCUCUGGUGCAUCUGCAGCUCACGCCCUCUAGUUCCAACAACUGGGAGGACGUCCAGGCAAAGGCUCGCCACCUGCUGCUUCACACCUAUGGUCUCACCAGGUGCACAGUGCAGGUCCAGACACACAGGCAGAGGCCAGUACGCAGCUGUGCACACUGCCAGCCUCCCAGCGCCUAAAGAGAGACUUGUGAUCCCUUUGAAUUCCACAGAGCAUUUCAUGGAGCCGGACGUCAGCAGAUCGAGGGCCCGUUGUUGUUGUGCCGCUGUUGCAGCUCGGUGCCAUGGCAGGAGCAACAGAAAACAUUUCAAAGGGGAAAAAGGCUAGUGCCAAAGGACAACAGCAGAUGCACAUUUCUAAUUAAAGAAUCACGAUAGCCUCCAGGGACCAUGUGCUCUUACGCUUGCAAAGCUUUCCGGAUGGAGUCUGAAUGCUUGAAGUCUCAGUCGAGAAGAAUGGAAAAACAAUUCUGCUCUUAAUUCACCUUUAAAGCCUAUUACCAACAGGUAACUUUGUUUUGUAUGUUACUGUUUGAUGUUUUUUCAUCAGACUGUAAAUUUUUGUCACUAGGCGAGGCCUGCACGCUCAAAUUGUAUUAUUUUACUAAGGAUGUCAGCAAAUUGAAAGUUACCUCAUGUCACUUGAUAUUUACUGUUGUCACAGUGCAUUUAAGCUGUACUCCUCACACAAGUGAGGCAAAAAAAAAACCUUUAUCAUUGUGUCCCUUUACGUCUCACCUCAUGCAUUUAAUCAUUAAUAUUUAUCAGCCAGACUCUCUUGUAAGGCAGAUUUUAGAUUUAGUCUUAAAGUGGAAACAGACGACUUUCCAGCACUCCGACGUGUGUUUGUUUCUUUUGUUUCUGGCUUCUGUGCAACUCCUGAAUUGUUUUCAGCCUGUAGCGUACUCCGGUUGUCCCACCCUUACAGUUCCUGUUUUGUUUGUAUACACGCUCAGAUAUGUUUUUUCUGUGUUGUAAACCAAGGGAAAAUCCCGCCGGGCAGCAGGGCACAUAGCACAGGCUUGUAGGGCACCGUCGUAAAUGCGGAUGCUGUCAUUUUUUUUAUAUUGCCUCUCCACUGCGCAGUAAGUCUUUUUUAUUUGAGAAUGUUAAGUUUAAACAAACAAACAGUCUGUUUCCACUUUAAAGCAGUUUGUGGUGGCUGCACUGACCAACGUUUAAAAUGCCAACAGUUUUUUCACUGACAUUUUAGCAUGUCUCUUAAUUAAUUGUAACCCUAAGCAGACAACUGACAAUCAAACUGACUGUCCUUGAAUAAGGGUAAAAUGCUACAGUGUUUGACUUCAGUGUGGUUUCAGCCUUACACUCUGUACUCAGCUUUCUUCAUAUCAUUAACAGGUGUUAAUAGUGUUUUCUGUGUCACGUGUUGAGAGCCUGUGGGCGGGUUUAUGGUAAACCUUUCCACGUCUCUGAUGUUAACCAUCAAGAGAAAUCAGGAACUGGAUCACUGUUUUUGUUUGUAAUAAAGUAUUUAAUCUUU